CCAUGUUUUCAAGGUCCUCCGCCACCUCCAUGUUUUCGGGGUCCUCCUCCACCCGCCUUUGUAGUAAAUCGUGGUCCACCUCUUCCAAGAUACAACUAUCCAUUGAUUUUCCCAAGGGAAGAUGAUGUACAAAACUCGCCAUAUCAGGCAAAUGAGAAAUAUCACCGUGUGAAUGAUGACCAUCCACGGCCUACAACUCAGGCUCCGUGGCACAGCUCACAUGUGCUGCCUCAAAACAGGUUUAACCCUCAGGGUAGUGGUUUUACAGAGCCAUCUCCAAAACCUCCUUUUGAAUCCUCACAAGUAUAUCAGCAGCGGGAAGACUUUCAUGAUCAAAAAGGUAGACAUUUCAGUGAAAUAAGAUUACCCCAAGGUGGCAAUAUGUUUCAUGAACAAUAUCCUAGUUCCAGGGAUGAAGCUAAAUGUACAGAUUUGAAAAGAAAACUGGUGCUUUUAAGGGGUGUCCCUGGCUCGGGGAAAAGUACACUAGCACGUAUUCUGCUUGAACAGUCUCCUGAUGGCAUUGUCUUCAGCACUGAUGAUUACUUCUGCCAGGAAAAUGGAUAUGCAUAUGAUGUGAAACUGCUGGGAGAUGCACAUAACUGGAAUCAGAACAGAGCCCAGAGAGCAAUGGAUGAUGGGAGGUCACCUAUUAUAAUUGAUAACACAAAUAUCCAGGCCUGGGAAAUGAAACCGUAUGUACAAAUGGCUUUAGACAGAGGUUAUGCUGUUGACUUCCUUGAACCGAAUACAUGGUGGAAACUAGACCCACAUGAAUUGGAAAAGAGGAAUACCCACCGAGUGCCCCGUGAGAAGAUUUCACAGAUGUUGGAACGCUUUGAGCAUGAUAUGAAUGUUGGAGUAGUUAUGAACUCGUUGUUGAACCUCGUCGUGUACGCCACAGACGUCCCCCUGCAGAGGACAGGCAGAGGUGGGGAGCCUCUGUAGACUAUACACUACACAGCCCAUCAUUCCAGAUCAGAUAG